AUGACGCUCUUCAACCAUAUCAUGGGGCUCUUUUGCACACUGUUCGCACUAGCAGUGACAGUGUCUUCGUACCCAACCACUAUCAACAUCUCUGCGGAGGAGUUCAUGCACUUGGACAAGAUCAAAGUGAGACGGGACGGCUCCACUAGCAACCAUACAGAGUCCACCGAUACGGUUUGUGGACCUUGCACGCCAUACUACCACUACACGAAAGUGGGAGAUGGAAAUCCACACCAAAACUUUGUCAUCACCCAAAAGGGUGGUAGUCUCGUGGCUUGCGACACUUCCUCGACGUCUACUGGCACCGGGUUUGCGACCACCCUCGGAUGGAGCUUAAGUCUAGGCGUGAACUCAGAUUUCGACUCUGCUGGGUUCAGCGUCUCCUCAUCUGAGACUUACUCAGUCACCAAUACAUUCACCUGUAACGGUGUCUCUGCCGAGGGCGGGGAUAUAUGCGUUCUCUUUUACCAGGCUGUCACUGCGUUUACGGUGGAUGUCAAGGAAGUGCUAGAAUGUCCCUGUGGAGGUGGCGGUACCAGUGACCGGGGCACUGCGGUGGUUUAUGCUCCAAACGCCAACCAAAUUGGUAGUAUCGCAGGACGAGGCAUCAAUGUCAUCUCACAUGGUGUUCAACAAUGUGUGGGGGAUUCUGACAGGACAAUCGACUAUUAUUGUGGACCACCCGGUGGCCCUGACUGGUGGAACGGCAAGGGGGAAGGUCCAUGGAUCGCAGACUACGUGAAUAGUCGUCAACCUGCUGGCUGUGGCAUACCCAUUGAGGCCAAUAGUUAUUACGACUAG